GCUUUGGUAUUGUCUUUUCUCUUCACAUCUCUUUCCAUCCUUCAUGGCUUCUGCAACUUUGUCCGCUGUAGCAGGAGCUUUUCUUUCACCGUUGCGUGACAUAAGUUUGGAUAAAUUGAUUGGUUAUUUGUGGGAUUAUCUAUCAUCUUCACCAACAUCCUCUGAUGAAGCAGAAAACCAACAACAACUGGAGGAUUCAUUGGAAGCCUUGGAGGAGGCUAAGAUGAAUGUCAAGUUGAUGCAAAGUAGAAUCAUGAGGUUGUUUGAAAAACAUAAGCAAAAUGAGAGGGUGGUUGGUCUGCACAACAAGCUCAAAGAUGUUGACUACGAGAUACAAGACUUGGAAUCAGAUAUGAAGUAUAUGGAGCUGCAGAAAAAGGUGGAGGAGAUCAACAAGGCUGCAGAAGCUGACACUACUGGCCAAUCUAGUAGAGGACUAAAGCGCUUGUUUGGGUUUUAUAGACCAACUGCCCAAUCAAGUGAGAAAAAGCGCCGCCUUUCCUCUUCGCCGCAAUCCUUGAAUCUGUCACCAGAUGCUGACGUUGUGAAAAAGAUUAGCAGUAUUAUAAACCAAAUAAAUAUUAUUGAAGCAAGGAUGAAAGAUGAAAUCAAGUUGGAAGAGUGGUUUGAGAAGAUCAAGUUGAAUGGAGUUUAUGAUCCAUGGGAACAACAUCACUUAACACAAAACAAACGUGUCACAACAUCAUCAACGAAUGAAAGGAAGUUAUAUGGUCGGUAUUGUGAAAUAGAAUUAUUGAUUGAGUUUCUCAAAGAGCCAAAUGUCAAUGGAAAAAUUUCUGUUGUACCAAUAGUUGGAAUGGGUGGAAUUGGCAAAACCACUCUGGCCCAGUUCAUCUUCAGCAACACAGACAUAGAAAAUCAUUUUGACAAGAAAGUAUGGAUAUGUGUAUCAGAACACUUUGAUAGACUUAGAAUCACCAAAGAAAUGGUAGAUUCAUUACUCAUUGACAACACUAGUAGUCUAUCUGUCCUCUGUGGUGCGACCAACAACAACCUGGAUCUUCUUGAGAGGGAACUCAAAAGGCAAUUAACAGCAAAGAAAUUUUUAUUGGUGCUAGAUGAUGUUUGGUCUGAUGAAUGGCAACAGUUCAUUAUCCUUCUUCAAUCAACACAAGUGGAGGCUGUUAAAAUUAUUGUGACUUGUAGAGAUCCUAAAGUAUUGGGAAGUCUUGAUGGAGGAAAUAGAAUUGUUUUGAAAGGUUUAUCUGAUGAAGACUACUGGUUGUUUUUUGUGAAUUGUGCUUUUGGCAAUAAAAAUCCUGACAAUUAUCCACAAACAUUACAUGAUUUAGGAAGGCUUAUAGUGAUGAAGUUGAAAGGAUCACCAUUAGCAGCAAAGACAGUGGGAAGGCUUCUAGGACGUAGUUUAACCAAAAAGCAUUGGAAGGAUGUAUUAGAGAGUGAUAUGUGGAAAUUAGAAACUGAUGCAUAUGAUAUUAUGCCUGCACUUGCAUUGAGCUAUUAUCAUCUACCUCAGCAUCUUCAGUUGUGCUUUACCUUUUGUUCGGUGUUUCCUAAAGAUUAUGUGUAUGAUAUGGACAACUUAAUCAGCAUGUGGAUAGCCCAUGGGUAUAUACAUGAAUGCCGAAGCAGUUCAAAGACAGUAGAAGAUAUAGGAGAAGGGUAUUGUCAUGAACUGAUAGCAAUGUGUUUCUUUGAAGGGUAUUCGAGAUCAUUCAAAAUGCAUGACUUAAUGCAUGAUCUGGCACAAUCAGUUGCUCAUGGGGAAAUUUGUAUUUAUGAGGGUGGAAAAGGUAAGAAGAUCUCAUCAAAUGUCCGCCAUUUAUGUGCACAAAGUUUGAUUGAUCUAGGAUUGAUGUGCAAAAGUAAUAACUUGCGCACACUUGUGUUAUAUAGAGUUGGUGACAUGUGUGCCUUCCUCAACCAUGGAGCAUUCAAAAGAAUCCGAGUGCUAAUUGUCUUUGAUACCAAUAUACAAGAAUUCCCAGAUGCUAUUGCUCAUCUUAAACACUUGCAAUAUCUUGAUUUGAAGAAAACCAACAUUAGAUCGAUACCGGAAUCAUUAUGUGAUCUUUAUCAGCUGAGAGUGUUGAAAUUGCCGCGUCUAUAUACGCUUCCAAGUCUAUUUCACAAUCUCAUAAACCUUCGAGAAUGCCGCCUGUUUCAAGACACUGAUGAGACUUACAAUCAGGAGAGGCUAGUAUAUCAUGUGCAAAGGGUAAGAGGUUAUGUGAUUGCCCAAUUAAGGAAUAUGAAUGAACUAAGAGGAGCACUUUCAAUUGAAGGCUUGGAGAACAUCGACAGUAGAAAAGAAGCAAUGAAAGGCAAAUUGAAGGAAAAAUGUCAUAUCAAGGACUUAGAUAUAAGCUGGACAGAUAUAGGGCAUGAUUGCAAGCAUGAUGUACAAGAAGAAGUACUUGAAGGUCUUCAGCCACAUCACAACUUAGAACAACUAAGGAUCAAAGGGUAUGCAGGUUUCAAACCUCCAAGUUGGCUUAUGACACUUGCAUUACGAAGGAUAGAGUUAAAUAAAUGCAAAAACUGGAAAAAUCUUCCUGUAGGCCUUGGGCUGUUACCCUCCCUCCAGGAGCUAAACUUAAUUGACAUUGAAAGCAUAACAAUUGAAUUUGAUGAUUCUGUAACUGAGAUGUUUCCAUCACUGCGGUGGCUUCAAUUGAGGAAAGCAACAUUAUCUUUUGAGGGCUUGUUGUCAUCUUCAUCAUCAACAUCAUCAUCUCUAACAAGUACACCAGGGCCUCGAAAAUUGUUUCCUCGUCUUCAACAUCUGAUAGUAGAAGAAUGCAAUGGAGUGAAUGGACCUUGGCCUUUGCUUUCAGCACUUGAGACACUCAAAAUAAAUGCUUGUCCUGGGCUCCAAUGUCAUGUGCCAAAAUGCUUGCAAAGCCUAAACUCUCUUACUUCUUUGGAAAUAAAAGGGCUGAAGAUUGAAACCACAGACACUGUGGUACAACAACAGCAGGUUUGCCUCCUACCAAAACUGCGAGCUAUUGAAAUAGAAUGCUGUCAAAAUAUGGCGGUUUUGCUUCGAGUUCCUUCAGUGGAGAAUUUGAGUAUUUCCAAGUGUAGUCCAGUAAGUCUUUCAGCACUCGGACACUUGUCCUUCCUUACAUACAUUUCAUUACAAGAGAUGGAGGUAACUAUGGAGGAUCAGGUCACUCCAAAGUUUCCAUCUCUGCAUACACUGGAAUUGAAGAAAGCAUCACUUAUUUUCCAGAACAUGUCAUCAUCAUCGUCGUCAUCAUUGUCAGUAGCAACACAAAAUCACUGCUGCUUUCCCCGUCUUACAACCCUCAGAAUUCUGGAAUGCCAUGAAGUGAAUGGAUUACAAUGGCCCAUGUUUUCAGUACUAACAGAGCUAUGCAUAAGAAACAGUCUUGGGCUGGAUGACCAAUUGCCAGGAUGUCUCAAUGGCCUCUCUUCUCUUUCCAGAUUAGAAUUAACUGGGGCAAAGAUUAAAACCUUUCCUGAAGAUGUAAUGGCCACACUCCAUCCACUCUGGUGGUUGCAACUUGAAGAUUGUCCUGAGCUGAUAUCAUUGGAGGGUUUACAAGCCCUCCCCUCCCUUAAAAGAUUGUUUAUUACUAAAUGCCCCAAAUUCAAAUCCUGGUGCAUGGAGGGAAUGAUAGAGAAUAAGUUCUUGUUGCCAAAUCUACUUGGAAUAUCUAUCGACUCUUGUGAAAAUCUGGAGUCACUACCUGAUUGGUUAUCUCGCCUUCCUGUACUGAAGCAAUUGAGUAUUAUCCAGUGUCCAAAGUUCCAUUCAAUGCCGGAGGGUGGCCUCCCUUCCUCACUUGAAAGAUUGAACAUCAUAGGAUGUGAUCCCGGCUUAAUGGAACGGUGCCAACGAGAAGGAUCAUCUGAAUGGCAAAUGAUUCAGCAUAUCCCUAAACAAAAUUAUAUUUAGUGAAAAUAUCUGAGUGACUUCACAAAGAAUAAUCUUGUAUGUGGGAGCAAGGAUAAGCAGAUUCAAGUUUUCUCCAACAGGUGCUCAAUGAUCUGCUCUCUUUACCAUGCACCUGGACUUGAAUCAAUAGCAUUAAUUAUCUGUAUCUCCGAAGACAUUGGAGACAAAUGUUAUUCCACCUGAGCUCAGCUGCAGCAUUCAAGAUUUUACUACACAACUCUGAGAAGAAAUGUGAAUGAACCUUUUCAUGACUGCGGUGUUAUUAGUGUUCAUUCUUUCUUUCUCACUUUUUAUUCUGUUACAAAUGAAAAUAAAGCCGGUGUUGAUCACGUUCUAACAAACCUUGGUUUCACCAAAGUAGAGGUUGUUGUUCAGAUCAUGAACAAGGAGUUGCAUGGUUCAUUUUGUACUUAUUUUUGUUGCCUUAGCUAUAGUUUUAUUAGUGUUUUAUUAAGAAUUCUCA